AUGCGGCCAGGACCCGGGCUGGUCGUGAUGGCGCUUGCGUUUAUUUCAGGGGCUCGGCGAGGCACCGGUCUACAGAGCAGCAGCAGCACCAGCGCCAGCAGCAGCAGCAGUGCCAUUGAGAGUGGCAAGUUGGGCAAAUUUGGAGAAGACAAUACGGCAGCAGGAGCAGCUGGAGGUGGAGGUGGUGGAGGAGGCGGCGGACGGGGAGCACUAUCGCGGAUAAAUCCGUGGCUUUCGGCGUGCGAUCUGGAGCCCAACUCGGCACCGGAUCUCCAGGGUCAAUGUUCAGCCAGUACACUGCCCGUGGCCUGGAUAGACGAAGGUCCUGGACCACCGCGGUGUCCACCGCCGUGUGAACAUUUUCAUACACAUGCUAAAUCUAAUAAUAAUAAUAAUAAAAAUAAUAAUAUGAAUAAUAAUAAUAAUAAUAAUAUUAAUAAUAAAGCUAGCGGUAAGUCAUACAAUAUUGAUAAUACUAACUAUAACAUGGAGAACCGGUUAAAUGAUAAACGACAGUGCCUUGACUAUUUGGGCGAUAAUGACGAGUUAAGUCCAGCACAAAUUUGUAAAAAAUCGUCACAAAGUAUUGAGACCAAGCUGAAAACCUUACGUUUAAGACAUUGUUGUGAGCGUACCGUUGGCAGUGCUUUACACAACGCGGCCCACGCCGAGGUGCUGGGCGGUGGGGCGCCGUGCUCCGCCCGGCUGCUCGAGCUCCUGGAGACGGACGCGCUGGCGGCACGGAUCACAUGCGAAUUUACCGAGGUGCUGAUACGGUACGACUGCGGACAACCGUACUCCAUCAUCCACCACUGUGAGGAUUGUAAGGAGGCAUAUCGAAGGUGGGGCUGCAGCGUUUUUAUACCGUACUUCGCGUCGGGGGACGACAUCGAAAGUGUUAACAAUAAAACCGGUAAUCGAGACAGUGACCGAGCAACCCAGGGUAAAUCGAACGCCAACCACGUGGAUGCCGCGAACAAGCAGACUGAACCGAAUUUGAAUGAUGCGAACAAACAGCAGCUAGUAAAAAAUAUAUCAAUCACUAUAAAAAGCGCACGCCGAAAAACGCAACGAGUACGAGUACGACCGUGUCUAAAUGUAUGCCAAACCGUAGAGCAGAAGUGCCCGUAUAUGCUCCCGGGGGACCGAGCGCCAGCCUACCCGACGCAGUACGCCGGUGAGCCGACGUUUCUUUGCCGAGAUCUAAACAUCGAAGAGACAGGAGAGCAGCUGCGCAAAUCGAACAACGGUCCGACGGGGUGCUGCUACGAUUACUGUGGGAUGAACCCGGCCACGGGACUGUGUGCCCGCUGUGAUCCGCUCCACGGUGAGGUGCAUUCGAACGAUACCGAUCUGACCGACAGCAGUGAACCGCCAACGAUAUCAGCCGCGUGCCCGAGCAUAACGAGCACGACGCCGAGCUCCUCCCUGUCCGAACAGUGCCGGUUGGCGCAGUCCGGCAUCAGCUCCACGGUGGCUACCACACCGGCGACGGCCAUCAGCAGCAGCACCAGCACCACCAUCAUCCCGAAGGGCGUAACUAGCGCCAGACCGAGCACUGCGCCCACCACUACAAUCAUGCCGACGGCGAGCAGUACGGCCAGGGCGAUGUCGUCGUCAUCGGCAGCAAGCACUUCCGCCUGGCGUGCCCUUGCCGCACUGCUAAGGACCCUGUGCGCUCUGGUGACGGUCUACCGGACGCACUCCGCCCACUGGUGGAUUGUCCUCGUGGCGAUGCUGACCAUCGGUACCGAGUUGGUCACCUGUACGAAGCAGCUGGUGCACCUGUUCGUCAUGUUAUAG